UUCCUACGUAGACAAAGAAGUACUCAAUCUGACUGGUGGUCUCUAUCCGUUUGCUCUUUUCUCAUAAACAAAACCUCAAAACCAUUAGAAAUGGGCUCAAGAGGAGAUAUUGUUAUCGAAUUAGCAUGGGUGCCUGAAUAAGAAAGGGGAAAAGUGUUCACUGGGGAGAAGGUCAAUUAAGAUCCAGAAUACCUUGAGUUUAAAGAAGGAGAAGUAAGUGUUGAUGAUGAUUGGAGUUUUGAAGAGACUUAAUAUUUAUUCAAUCAAUUGAGGAAUUACAAUUACAAUUUCAUUGUGCUUUCUGAUCGAUAUUCAUAUAAAAAUAAAAACAGAGAUAUUUAUGAAUUGAAAGACAGAUAUUAUGGCGUUGUUAAUGAGGUCUUGCAGAAGAGGAAUGAAACAUAGCAUUUUCUAUACAAUUAUGUUUACGAUGAAGAGUAUGAUCGAUUUAGAAAUAUGGAACUUGAAAAGUAUUUAAAAAGAACAAAGUAAAUUUGUGAUGAAGAAAAGAAGUUGCAAGAAGAUUUAAGGAAGGUUGAUCAAUAAAUAAAAAAGCAAGAGAGAGAACAUAAAAGUCUAUGCAAAUCUAUUAAUCUAUAAGAAUAUGAUGACAUUGACGACAAGUCUAUCAAUUACCUUAUAGACAUGUCGUCAAGAAAUGAAGAAGUUAAAAAGACAACUACUGAGAGAAUUGUGUAUUUAAGAAAUAAAUGGAUUAAUGAGGCAUUACCAUUACCAACUUCAAUCAAGGAUAAAUUGGAUAGGCAACUAAAGGAAGUGCUUUAAAAUACUAAAUUAGCUUUGAAUCAAGAAAUCGAAGAGUUGUUCUGCAAUCUACGUAAACUCUAAUUGGGUGUAUUGAGUUAGCAGAGAUUACAAAAGAGAAGAGAAUAAGAUAAAAGAUAUUUGGAAGAUAAAAUCAAAAAACUUAAAGCCUAACAUGAUUCACAAUAAGCAAGUGAUAUGAAAACUAAAAAAUGA